UGAUUAGCGGAGAGAAUCAGUCGAGCUACGAUGCUCAGUUCGUUAACACAAUGGAUAGUUAGUCUAAUUAUCAUCAAAGGUCUCCACACAAAAUGUCCUUACGGCGCUACGUCGCAGACGCCUUUUUCAGCUGCAAUGGAACUCCGAAACAAGAAAUUAUUUGGAAAAAUUCACCGAAUACAUUCGCAUAUCAAAGACUUCAGUGAUGAGGCAACACAGGAUAGAUCUGAUCAAAAUCACGUAUGGAAUGUGGGUAAAGUUGAAUUGAUGGUGCGAGCCACCUGUGAGGGACUAGUUCCUAUUUGCAAUGAUACAGAGUACAGAGCCUUUAAUGGAGUUUGUAACAACCUGGAAAACCCUACCUGGGCCGCAGCAAACACAGGGUUUAAACGCCUGCUGCCUCCAGAGUAUGAGGAUGGGAUAGGGAAGCCUAAGGGUGGAUUCACUUUAGCUGCACGAACUGGUUUAUCAUUGCCAACUCCUCGGUUUGUAUCUCAACAGUGUACAGGACACAGCUUUAAUCAAACACAGUUUCCCUACACAGACCUUUUCACUGCUUUUGGACAAUUUUUGUCUCAUGACUUAAGUUUAUCUCCAGAAGCUACGGACCAGGGCUGCUGUUUAAAUCCUACUGGACAUGAAUGUUUUCCAAUACCAGUUCCGUCAGGCGAUUCUUUUUUCUCACAACAGAAUCAGACCUGUCUUGAUUUCAGGAGAACGGUUCCUUUUUGCAUUAAACAGGGGGAAAUCAGAGAGCAGUUGAAUUCGUUGACAUCAGUGAUAGAUGCUAACAACGUGUACGGAUCUGAUGUUGAAACCAACGCUAAACUAAGGACGAAGGUAGAUGGUCUAAUGCUGAUUAAUUCUAAUUAUACAGAUGAACUGCUUCCUGUGAUAAAUGGCUCCCUAACUGCUGGCGAAAUAAGAUUUAAAGAAUCUCCAAUGCUAGCAUCGCUUCACACUCUUUUUCUCAGAGAACAUAAUCGUUUAGCAAGAGAGGUUGCAAAGUACUCCAGCUCCAGUGAUGAUGAGUUUAUUUUCCAAACUGCCAGAAAUAUACUAAUUGCAGAAAUGCAGAGUAUUGUCUACAACGAGUAUCUACCGAUUCUCCUUGGACCGAGUCUAAUGAAAUCUAUGGAUAUUUGGAUUAAAAAAAAACCAAAAAGUUUUUAUAAUGCCUCCGUGGAUCCAAGUAUUUCAAACAGCUUUGCAACUGCAUCGUUUAGAUUUGGACACAGUAUGUUGCUGGAUAAUAUAACUCUACGAGAUGUUACAUUUGAUAAUAUUACCCAGUUCCCCCUUCACAAGGAGUUGUUCAACCCACAACUAUACUUUGCAAACAAUGGUCAAGGUGUUGAUGAAAUUAUCUAUGGUUUGAUGAAAGGAGCCUCUAAGCUCAGCGGAACAGAUUUCUCUCACGAAUUGACCGACUUGUUGUUGUUAAACGGAACCCAGUUCGGUAGUAACGAUCUUCUUUCAAGGAAUAUACAGAGAGGACGAGAUCAUGGAUUACCAGGAUACAACAGUUUCCGAGAAUUAUGUGGACUCCAAAGAAUAGAAUCAAUGAUGUCUGCUGAGCCCCCGACCUAUAUUUCAAAUAAAAAAUGGUCUCUUCUUAAACAAAUUUAUUCAACACCUGAUGAUAUAGAUCUUUAUGUUGGAGGUAAUAUGGAUAUAUAAUAAUGCUCUUCGCUCAU